AUGGCAGGACACGGCCCUCAUUCUCUUCGUCUGCCACGAUCCCGUGCACCUCUGGACGCUCGCUGGUAUGUUCGGGCUAGGCGGGCUGUUGCGGUUAUGAUUGCGUUCGUCGCGAGAGUGAUUGGAUUCGAUGCGGGGUGCAAUGUCGUUCCGCAGCUGAUGGAGAGUCUGGAGAAGCUGGCGGAGCGGGUGGCGGCGAUGGGCAUGAAGUGCGAGGAGACGCGCCUGCACGGGCUGGCGUUCUACUUCAACGAGCUGCGCCACCCCGCCUCCCAGUUCCCCGCCUUCCGCCUGCAGCCGGGGGAACAGGAGAGCCUCAUGUGCUACAUGAAGGAGCAGGUGGAGCGAGUGGAGGAGCUGCGCCAGUGCAUGGAGCGGAUCAACACUGUGCGGUCUAGCAUCAAGAAGAUGCAGGGGCUGGUGUCGCAGUCGUCUGCCUCCUCCAACCUACUGGCUGAGCUCGAAUCCGUCUCAGAGGACUACGAGCUGGACAACAACGAACCCUCCCAGUGCGUCCCUCCCUCCCACACAUGCAUGCAUGUCUCUCCUCUCCUUGCUGCGCAUGCCACCUUCACAUGCUCACAUGCUCACAUGCUCACAUGCUCACAUGCUCUGCCAUGCCUUCACCUUCCCCACUCCUUUGCCUCCUCCAACCUGCUGGCUGAGCUCGAUUCCGUCUCUGAGGACUACGAGCUAGACGACAACGACCCCCCCCCAGUGCAUCCUCCUCUUAUGCAUGCAUCACUGUCGCACCCUCUUGCUGCCACAUCCCUCUCAGUGUCACAUGCCACUCCAUGCCACUCCAUGCCACACAUUCCCUCACAUGUCUGGUCACAUGCCGGUCAACCACAUCCAUGUACCAACAACAGCAUUGCCCCACACCUCUUCCCCCUCUCCCCCAGACCCAGCAGUAGCAGCAAGGCGAGCAGCAACACGAGAAGCAGCGGCAGCGGCAGCGGCAGCAGCAGCAGCAGCAGUGGCAACAUGUCUUUACUGCGGGAGAUGAGUGACUCAUUUGAUGAUGCGGUGCUGGGCCAGCUGGGCAUGGCCAGGACCAACCUGCCCUGCGACAUCCCUGGAGGAGAGGAGAUCUUUCGAUUGAUGACUCGGCUUACAGAGCUGCAGGCGAGGACGCUCUGGGCAGUGGAGCUGGACCAUGUUGUCAGGAUCCUCGUGUUAACCGUCUUCAUGAUCCGAGACCGCGUGCUCUCCGUGUUCGGAAUAGAUGCUCACUCCGAGGAGAGCGUGUCGGAGAACGAGACGCUCGGAUCCGCGGGUCUGGCGCUGCGCUAUGCGCGCAUCAUCCUGCUGGCGGAGAAGCUCAUGAAGUACCCUUUUAUGGCCGCUGGUGGCACCAGGUACCGCCUCUCCUCUCUCUUGUGCUCUCUCCUGGCUGGCUGUGGGGCAUGCAAAGCGAGUGUGUGGGGCAUGGUCAGUUGGGUCUGGCGUUAUGCUGUGCGCACAUCAUCCUACUCGCGGAGAAGCUCAUCAAGUACCCUUUUAUGGCCACUGGCGGCACCAGGUAACACGUCUCCUCCCUCCCUUAUGCGGCAUGGUCUGGAGCCUCGCACUGCAUUAUGCAUCAUCCUACUCGCGGAGAAGCUCAUGAAGUACCCUUUUAUGGCAGCAGGCGGCAUUAGGGCCUGGCUGGCGCUGCGCUAUGCGCGCAUCAACCUGCUCGCGGAGAAGCUCAUUAAGUACCCUUUUAUAGCUGCAGGCGGCAUCAGGUACCUUCUCGCUCUCCCUCCGCUCUCCGCUACUCCGCCCUCCCUCUCCUUGCCUCCUUGA